CAGAAAUGUUGUACAAAAGAGCAUGGAAUCGAAUUUGGCUUAAUAAUAACCUCUCCCAAGUCCGAAGAUGAUUUACCACAAUAAAUGAUUCCCAAAAUGUAACGGGAGAUCCUACGUUUAAAGAGAAAAGAAAGGACAGAAUUGGAUUAUAUGAGGGAUCUAAGAAAGGUUCAGAUUCCUAUUUUAUAGGACUUUCACAUAGUACACUUGACUUUAGCCUUGAUGGAUCUGAAGGAGAGAAUUCGGCUGAUAAGAUCAUGUAUGACUAUACACAGUAUUGUAGUUCAAGGGAAACCAAGCUCUACAAAGCGAUUGCAUUCGAAGAUUACAAUCAUGAUGGUGCCAUGGGUUUCGGGCUUCAAUCUGCUGAGUUCAUUCAUAAAGGCAGCACCAUCUUCCAAGUUCCUCGUGCUGCCACUCUCUCAGGCAAAGCUUUCUUCGCAUUGCAAUCAGACGACACAGCCAGAGCCGUAGUGCAGAAGUCCAAAGAAGUCGCCGACAAUGCAGCUCGGGGAGACAAAGCGUUGGCCAACAGGCUGUUCCAGACAAUGCUCAACGCUCACAUGCAUGUGAAGCUGAACAGACUCGGAGCUGAUGGUAUGCACGCUCCGUACUUGAAAGCACUACCAUUUCACGAACUCACCAUGAACCACUAUUGGGACAAAGACACCAUUAUCGAGAUCGACUCAAGAACACUGAUCGAAGAACUCAAAGGCUUGGCUGCACUGUACCAUCAUCUGGGACAAGCUUUUGCUGAGUUCGAGCACACCCAGUACAACAUGGACGAGUGGCACUGGGCUUGGAACGUUUCAGCGAGCAGAUUCACAAUUCUUGAGAACACAAACGAGGGAUACCAAAGCGACCCAAAGUACGACAGCUUUAUUACCCCACUGGCUGAAUACCUGAACCACAGCUUCGAGCCAAAUGUAGUACUGAGACAUACAAAAUCAGCAACUGUCUUCUCCGAAAUGGAUCCUAUGGAGAAAGAAAAAUUUAGAGGUACUAAGGUUAAAGGACAUGAGAAGGUGAAUAUCAUUGAAUGAGUGGCUAUUAAAAACAUUCCUAUUGGCGAACAACUCUUUAUCAACUAUGGAGAAAUGGGGAAUCUUCAUUUGUUACAAAAAUUCGGCUUCACUUUGGCAGAUAAUCCUUACUCAAGAGUUCCUUUUUAUUAUAAUGCUAAGAAAUAUGCAGAGAUGAUGGGCGAAGAGAUGGAGCUGAAGUUUAGACUAUAUCAACACACAGGAAUUCCUCACUUCAUGCAAGGAUUCUUGUUUUACAAGAAUAAAUUUGAUAUCAACAUAAUGAAGUCUUUAAGAAUUGCCUUCUUAACUUCAGAUUUGGUGAGCGAACUGACCUUAGAUCACUUGUGGAAUCAUGAGACCUUUGAGAAUCCAAUCUCUUCUACACAGGAAGAAAUUAUUUUGAAUACAAUCCUUAGAGAACUAGAAGAGGCUCUAGAGCCUCUAGAAGGCAAGGAUUAUGUGAGCAUGAGGAACAACUUAGGAGAAUUUGAUUCAAUAAGGAAGGUCCAUAAAUACAACAUCCUGAACUACCAAAUAGACGAGCAAAUGAUUCUAAAGAAGAACGUAAGAUUUGUUGAAAAGAUGAGGGAUGAGGUACUCAGACAGAGACGUGCACUUGCUGGCUAGAUUUCCAUAUUCAUUGAGAAUUCUAAUCA